AUGAGUAAAGUCUAUGAUUGGUUCGAAGAACGUCUUGAGAUUCAGGCGAUUGCCGAUGAUAUAACUAGUAAAUAUGUCCCUCCUCAUGUCAACAUAUUCUAUUGUUUAGGAGGAAUUACACUUACUUGCUUUUUAGUCCAAGUAGCAACGGGGUUUGCUAUGACCUUUUAUUAUCGUCCGACCGUUACUGAGGCUUUUGCUUCGGUUCAAUAUAUAAUGACUGAGGCUAACUUUGGUUGGUUAAUCCGAUCUGUUCAUCGAUGGUCGGCAAGUAUGAUGGUUUUAAUGAUGAUCCUGCACGUAUUUCGUGUGUAUCUUACCGGCGGUUUUAAAAAACCUCGUGAAUUGACGUGGGUUACGGGCGUUGUUUUGGCUGUAUUGACCGCAUCUUUUGGUGUAACUGGUUAUUCCUUACCUUGGGACCAAAUUGGUUAUUGGGCAGUCAAAAUUGUCACAGGAGUACCCGAAGCUAUUCCCGGAAUAGGAUCGUCUGUCGUGGAAUUAUUAAGGGGAAGUGCUAGUGUAGGACAAUCUACCUUGACUCGUUUUUAUAGUUUACAUACUUUUGUAUUACCUCUUCUUACUGCUGUAUUUAUGUUAAUGCACUUUCCAAUGAUACGUAAGCAAGGCAUCUCCGGUCCUUUAUAG